AUCUCCAUUUGAAAUUUAAAUUCAAUUAAAAACACAGUUAGUUAUGACUGAUACAUUAUAGAUAAAUAAGUAUGGUACCUAGUUGAAACAGUGAUUGUGAAAGCUAUUGGACAAAUAAUUUAAUCUAUAUAUGGCUGCUUGGAGUUUUCCUAGUUCAACUAGUCUACAUGUAAAACACUGAUUGACAGUUUCCGAACUAGCAGACGACAGACUAUUCUUAUCAGUAGAAUUGUGAUAGCUGUGGUAGAAACAUGGGUAGUGAAGAGAUAGGAAUGCUGACACAGCACCUUAGAGAAAUGGAGUUGGUAGCUGAGGACAUACUGACAGAUAGACAACAAAUUAUUGACCUUGACAGGAAAAGACAAAAGACAAGAGAGGCUGUUAGAGUGUUAUCUAAAGACAAGAAGACUAAAAAACAAUGGGUGUGUUUUGGAGAUAUGUUCAUAAAAUUUCCUUCUGACAAAACAAAGAAAAUGCUGGAACAAGAUUUUGACAAGCUUGAUACAGAAAUUGGGGAUUUAAGGAGGAAUCUAAAACCUAAAGUGAACAAGUUAAGAGAUCUGGAAAUGAAGGAAGAUAUUAAAGGAUUUGAUUUAAAUCCAUUAAGUAAAGAAGAACUAAGAACUAUUGAUGGAUACUGCAAUUGAUCAAGUCAAACACAUCUUGUUUGAUAACAUUCUAAGGUUAGUUUUCGAAGAAAUGAUAUAUGAGAACAGGGUCUUACAUUGGAGUUAAACAGCCUGACCUUUUCAAUUGUGAGUAGAUUUGGUGAUAUCUCAGAUUGGAUUAAGAGGUGACAUUACUCAUUGUGAAUUCAUAUCUCAUAGCAGUAUAAAUAUAUAUCUGUGAUGAUAUCCCAAAUGUGGAUUCCCAGAAGGGGUUCAAACGCAAGGUCAUAUAAUAUUAUACAUUUGGCUGGAAUCAAAGAUAUAUCUUAGUGUGGAUUGAAAGGUACCGAUAGAUAAAAGAUUACAAAGGUGAUGUUCAAAGAAGAAAAUUUGAAUUGGAUACUGACUUUCACAUUGGGAAGACAAGGGACACAUUAUAUAAAAUAUUCUAUUAUAAUUAUAUUGUUCAUGAUAUCCAUUCUUUCACAUUUAUUAAUAUUUUCAUGAUUCUGAUACUGAAGUUGUUAUAACAUGUAUACAACAAAAAAUGUUCAUAUAUUUUGAGAAGAUAUAUUUAUCACACACCUGUGCCGAUUUUGCGACUCCGUAAAAAUGGCAUUGCACAGCCGUGCAUAUAUUUUGAUGUGACUUUAUUAGCGUUAUACAAACAUAGUGUAAAGACGCGCUAAAUGAUUCUUUUUUCACCUUAAAUGAUUCCUAUUUUGGGUAUGUGAUAUAAAUUUGUGGCCACGAGAUAGCUUAGUCAUGGCCACGAGAUACUAUGUUGUGGCCACGAGUUACUAUAGCAGUAACUAUUUAAGCCAAGUUGUAUCAGUUGUGUUGGCAAAAAAAAAAAAUUUUUGCUGAUUGAUGGUUGUAAUUUACAUAUUCUGGACAGUGUUAAUGUAAUACUCAACAUUGCUAGCACUGUACAUCUAUCUGUUCUGUCAGUUGUUUUAUUUUGAAAUUGAUUAUUAUAUUUUUCCAUACAUGUUUUAUGUGACAACUGUACAUAUAAUUGUUGAAGGUAUGCUGCCUCAUGGCCAGGUAGUCUAAUUCAUGAAAUAAAGAACUUUAUAAUUAUA